AUGAAAGGCGAUGUCAAGGGUCGUUCAACACCAGAGGCAAAGAGACAGCUGAGACUCGAAGCGGCCAAGUUUAAGCGGAUGAACGAAUACAAAAACAUGUUUCACAAAUUACAGAACCUCGAAGAUUUUCCAGAAAUAUUACCUGCAGCGAAGGAGCUGUUGUUAUCUUUUCUUGAAUCAGGGCUGUCAAUGGCACGAUACAGAAAUGAUAAACGAAACAUUUUGAGUGUACAAGAAUUUGACCCGGAUGCCCUAGAAGAAUUCCUUCGAGCAGAACGUCAGGACAUCCUGGAUGAUUUUGAAUCGUAUUGCGAUAGAAGAACACAGGGAUCUGGACCAGAGCUCUUUACAACCCACAGAGAGGCUGUAGACUGGCUGAAGUGCCGAGCACCUCUGAAUCUUAUUGAUGGAGCUUGGCUGUGCCGCGUACACAGAAUUACGACGCCAUUCGCCCUUAGAACCGUGACCAGGGACACAUGGCAAACACUUUCCGAAGAGCUCGGUGACGCCGAGAUGGAAAAGAACCACAUCUUCCUUUACCGGAAACUUUUGCAGGACGUUGGCAUAAAUCUCCCAGACGCUGAUACAGUCGACUUCCUUAAUCCACGGCACGACAUGGAACAGGAGCAAAGCUGGAGAACAGCCGCGGGACAACUUCUUAUUUCUUUGUUUCCUAACGAGUUUCUGCCCGAAAUGCUUGGAUUUAAUUUGCAUUUUGAGUCGCUGUCUGGAUCCGACCUCAAGGCCACGAGAGAGUUACCCGAAUUUGGAAUCUCGGCAUACUAUUAUACCCUUCACAUCUCGAUUGACAAUGCCGACUCAGGCCAUUCUGCCAUGGCGCUAGCGACCAUUGUUAAUUUCAUGGAUAUCGUUAAGAGAACAGGUAUCCUGGACUACCAAAAAGCGUGGAAACGCAUCCAAGCUGGCUACCUUCUGUCCCAGAGCCUGAAUGACGAGCUAACGGUACAUGAUUAUGAGGAGCGAGUGGCGGAAAUGCUGUACCGGAAAGCAGCACUAGCGCAAAAGAUGCAUUGCGGCAGCAAAGCCCGCAUUGGCAAGAGGAGCAUCACGGAAUGGUUUUUGUUGGCUGUGAAUAAUGAAUCCAGCUGCAAUGACAUUUGGGGACAGGCGUUUCUCGACGAUCUGGCAAGAUCCAAGCCUUGGAUCUACCGUGGUCGGAGCGACAAGAGCCGGUUGCUGCGAGAACUCUCUUGGAACGGUAAGAUGUUUGGUGCAUUCACGUCCGCAGAGACAGAUCUGUUUCGCGCGUGGAUUGACUCUCUGCCAACUGAGGAUAACAACGCCGAUGCUCAUGCAUACUGGACACGGGUGGGCGGCUUCGAGACCGUCGAAAACUCAUUCUCACCACCAAGACACGAUGUUGCUGUAACGCAUCCCACAUUUCCGCCACAAAGGCAGCGUACAAGCAAGGGCAGUCCGGUGUUUACUCCAUGGCCGCCGCUACAAGUCAAAAACUGUUCAUUGAAUACUCUCCUCGCCCUCUGGUUUGUUCACCCAUGUCUCCUCGAGAAUACAGUUGCCUACACCUACCAAACCGCCACAAGGUUCAACUCCCUGAUUCUGCAGCUUUUGCGAGCGGAAAUGGGCUACGAAAUGAACACUUCGGGGAUUGCAGGCAUAGACGAGCAGGUGUCCCCACAACACAUGUUGGAUCUUGUCAUGCUUGGCCUGUCUAUGGCUCGUAGACACAAAAUUCCGGAGCCGACAUGCCUAGGCGAUGUGCUUAACGACGAGACGAAAACCAUCGCCCCUGAUAUGGCUCAUGCGACGGAAUUUGCCUAUGAACUUCUUUCUUGGUCAAUGCGGCCAAAAGAGAACCAGGCGUUUCUGCUGGGAGUUGCGCGUGCCUUUGUCGAUAUGGAAGUGUGGGUAGCGAGAAGCGAUGAGUUACUAAACAGGAGUGAAAGAAAGACGCUGCAAAGGAUCACGGAUGACAAGUUGGUUGUGUUUGAGGCAUGUUUGGAAGACAUGAAAGGAGACGAGGUGCGACUUCGUGAAUUUACUGGUGGGUACGAGUACGCUCGUGCAGAGAUUGAUGAGGUGCUGUCUCAUUGUAAAUUAGAGAUUGGGGCUUAUGUUGGCAGGGAAAAUACGUGUCGCUAG